AUGAUUUUAAACUGAGGUGGGCGCUAAGGCGUUGGUUGAACGGGCGUCUGGCGGGGCUGAUUUCACCAGGGUCCCUGGGGGCCGCAGGCUCGGUGGAGGGAGGGCGACUUGUGCUUUCCUUUCCUCUUGGUGAGCAGAAGAACCAUUUUUGAGGAGCCGUUAGGGAGCGUGGGUCUCGAUGUCGUCUUGGAGCCGACCUGAAGAGAAUGAGUCGUGGACCUAGAAUGGGCCACCGCGUCGUCCCGGCCCUCGGUUGGUGAGAUGCUCUGCGUCGCUUCCGGCCUGGCCCGGCCCUGGCGCGCCGAGCAUGCGCAAGCGCGGCUGAGCGCUGGCACUGGGCACCCGGGUACCAUGGAACCUUGUGAUUCACCGGAAUCAACUCCUAGACAGAAUGCCUCCUCAAAUCUUAAAGAUUACUUUUUAGCUUCCACCCCUUGGCAGAAACGAUUGGAAUCUGUCAGGAAGCAAACUUCCUUUGUUCAGACCACACCACGUAGGAAAGUUCCUGAGUGUUCACAAUUACAGGAAACUAUUGAUCCUCAUAAGCUUGCAUUCCUCUUGCAUAAACAAUGGACUUUGUAUAGUUUAACCCCGCUGUAUAAAUUCUCCUAUACUAAUCUCAAAGAGUAUUCUAGACUUCUGAGUGCAUUUGUUGCUGCUGAAAAGCAAAAAGGACUUGCUGUGGAAGUGGGAGAAGAUUUCAACAUCAAAGUGAUUUUCUCUACUCUCCUAGGAAUUAAAGGAACACCAAGGGACUCGGAAGCAUUUCUUGUCCAGAUUCUUUCGAAAUCUCAAUUGCCAUCUAAGAACAGAGAAGAUAAAGUGUUGUGGACUGGUUGGUUCUGCUGUAUAUUUGGAGAUAGUUUUCUGGAGACUGUUUCAGAAGAUUUUACCUGUCUACCCUUAUUCCUUGCAAAUGGAUCAGAGUCUAAUACAGCCAUAAUUGGAACUUGGUUUCAGAAAACCUUUGACUGUUACUUCAGUCGUUUAGCAAUCAAUGCAUUUAAUCUUUCAUGGAUGGCUGCUAUGUGGACUGCAUGCAAAAUGGACCAUUACAUGGCUACUACUGAGUUUCUUUGGUCUGUACCGUGUAGCCCUCAAAGUCUGGACAUUUCUUAUGCAGUACAUCCAGAGGAUGCAAAAGCUUUGUGGGACAGUGUCCACAAGACACCUGGGGAGGUUACUCAGGAGGAAGUUGACUUGUUUAUGGACUGCCUUUGUUCACACUUCCAUAGGCAUUUUAAAAUUCAUUUAUCAGCCACAAGAUUGGUUCGUGUUUCAACAUCUGUAGCUUCAGCACAUACUGAUGGAAAAAUAAAGAUUCUGUGUCAUAAAUACCUUAUUGGUGUGUUGGCAUAUUUGACAGAACUGGCAGUUUUUCAAAUUGAGUGAGGCCUUGAGUAACCUCUGAAUUACGGAUCAUAUAUUCUUUUGUCAGUGAUUAUUUGCUUAGUUGCUACGCUUAUAGGAGUGCAAGAGAAAUAGGUAUCUAUCCCUGCGUCUGUUUUCUUCACAGUGCCUUUGGAGUUGAUCAAAUGGAAAUGAAGAACCAUCUAGAAGGACAAUGUCGUUGGUAGUGGAUGAACCACAGCUUUACAGUUACGCAGCAGCCACAAUACUGUGGGAUAAAAAGUGUUCCAUUAAUUUGUUGGUCAUCUUUUAAAAAGUAAUGUUUAUUAUAUUUAUUAGUAGUCAAAUAAAUGUAUCUGAUGUUUGGUA